CCACCUAUUCUCCCUCUUUUUACUUGACCAACCUGGCAGGCUAAGAGCCUGCCACGUGUCAUGCUCUUCUCCUUCCUCCAUUGGCUCCUUUCCAUAUGUUUGUCCACGCAUUUCGGCCAGACUCGCAGUCCUCUCCUCUCUUUCAUACACAUUCAACCUUCCCAUAUUUAGACAAGAAAAUAGAAAAAAUAAAAAUAAAAACAAACAGAAGAUUCAGAGCUUUGGUUUUUUUUUUUCCUGUAAUUUGUCAGUUACACCCUCUUCUUCCUUGUUUCUCCCUUCAGAGAGAGAGAGAGAGAGAGAGAGAGAGAGAGAGAGAGAGAGAGAUGUUGCAGAGAGCUGCAAGCAAUGCUUAUUCCUGGUGGUGGGCCAGCCACAUCAGGACAAAGCAGGGGAAAUGGCUUCAACAGAAUCUGGAUGAUAUGGAAGAAAAGGUGAAAAACAUUCUUAUAGUCAUCGAAGAGGAUGCAGAUUCAUUCGCCAGGCGAGCCGAGAUGUACUACAAGAAAAGACCCGAACUGAUAAGCUUUGUUGAAGAGUCUUACAGAGCUUACAGAGCUUUGGCUGAAAGAUACGAACACAUCUCUGGGGAGCUACAGAAUGCCAACAACACCAUAGCUACUGUUUUCCCAGAACAAGUUCCAAUCUCAAUCGAAGAAGAUGAUGAUGUCGAUAAUCAGGAAAAAGUUUCGACUGUUGAUCCCAGUAAAGUUCCUAAGACGCCCGAAAACCCAAAAUUCAAAUUCCCAAUUAUAGAUGCAAAAAAACGACGGUCCUCAAAACCAAAGAAACCGCAACCUAAGAAGCCUAGUUCGAAUAUGACCAAACACGAGGCCCAGGAAGAGAUCGACAAGCUUCAGAAAGGAAUCCUGGUUCUGCAGACGGAGAAGGAAUUCGUGAUGAGCUCUUAUGAGAGUGGGCUUGCAAAGUUCUGGGACAUCGAGCAACAGAUCGAGGAGAUGCAAGAGAAGGUUUGCGAAUUACAAGAUGAGUUCAGUGUGAGCAAGGACAUUGAGGACAAUGAGGCCCGGGCUUUGAUGACAGCGUCGGCACUGAAAUCAUGCGAGGACACUCUAGUUCAGCUGCAAGAGCAGCAAAAGAGAUCAACAGAAGAAGCGAGAGUAGAGGCAGAAAGGGUGAAGGAUGCCGAAGAGAAGUUGAAGGCUUUCAAGGAUGGGUUUCUUCAGAAUCAUACUGAUGACAGGAAACUCCCCGAAGAGGCUAAUAUUGCGGAUUCCGUGAAUAAGAACUUGGUGGAAGAAGUGUGUAGUUUGAAAGAAGAGAGAUUAGAGUUGCAAUCGAUAUGUGAAAAACUAAAGGAAUACUUCGAUAUCAAUUCCGACUCAUCUCUCACUGUAACAGAACUCGCAGAGAAGGUUGAUGAACUCGUGAAUAAAGUCCUCAGCUUGGAGAAUGCGGUUUCUUCGCAGACGGCGCUGAUCAAGAGAUUGAGAUUGGAAACCGACGAACUUCAGAACCACUUGCAAAGCUUGGAAGAAGACAGAGAAUCUUUGCUCGACGACUCAAAAAGUUUGAAUGAUAAGAUCAAAGAAUUGGAAGAGGAGUUGAACCGAAUUCAGGAUCUCAACCGCUCGGUCAAAGAUGAGAGCAGCAAGCUUCAAAUGCAUUUUACAGAGGCGUGUCAUAACCUCGACAACCUUUCAGAGGAACUGCAGUCGCCUAACCAGCAGGACAAGGUCGAGAUCACGGGCUUGCCUCAAUUAGAAGAGAGUGAUCUUCAUGACGUGGGACCAUGUAAACAGAUCGAAGAAGAGGAAGAUAUAAAGAUGAGGGUCGAUGGCCCGAUAAAUUUGAAGGAUGAGAUUAUAGAACAAGGGGAAACCCAAGCGACUCAGGAAAAUCAUGUUCGAUCUGAAAACUUGCUGGACCUGAAACAUCUUCGUGACGUGGCACCUUGUAAACAGAUCGAAGAAGAGGAAGAUAUAAAGAUGAGGGUCGAUGGCCCAAUAAAUUUGAAGGAUGAGAUUAUAGAACAAGGGGAAACCGAAGGGACUCAGGAAAAUCAUGUUCGAUCUGAAAACUUGCUGGACCUGAAACAGCAGGACGAAGUUGAGAACAAGGAUGCAUCGCAAGAAGAAGAUGAUGUUUUGAAUUUUGGAGGAGAUUCGCCAAACUGGGGGCAGUUAUUCUUAAAUGGAUUGGAAGACAGAGAGAAGAUUUUGUUGGCGGAGUACACAUCGAUUCUUCGGAAUUACAAGGAAAUAAAGAGGAGGCUAUCUGAAGUGGAGAAUAAAAGCCAAGAAAGCCUUUUUGAAACAACAGCGCAGAUAAGGGAACUGAAGAAUGAUAAUGCAAUGAAGGAUGCGGAGAUCCAAUCGCUGCAGCAGAAAGUGAGCAUGCUCCAGACAAGCUUGCAUGAAAAAAAUGAAACCCGCGUGUUAAAAUCGAAAGAUUCAAUGCAAAACAGAGCUGGAAGUACGAUUGAUCAGUGGAAAUCCUUGUUUUCUGACUUGCAUGUGAAGAGCCCAGGCCAGUCAAAGCUUCGACGGUUGGAAGAUCUAUUAAAAGAACAAAGCAUCAACUCCCCAUCAAGAACAGAUGAAUCCAACGCAUUCGCAUCCAAGGAACAUCCACAUUCAGAAGAAGAAAUUGAGGAAUCUCUUGUCAACAAACAGCAUACUGCCUCAACCAUCGAAGAGAAAUUCCGAAGGGACAUCGAUGGACUUCUGGAAGAGAACCUAGACUUCUGGUCAAGAUUCAGCACGUCAUUUGAUCAGAUACAGAAGUUUCAAAAGGCUGUCCAGGACCUGCAAGCCAAAUUUACAAAACUGAAGAAUGACGACAAGAAGCAAGAGAGCAGUGCUAAUGCAGCGGACCAGAUGCUGAAAUCAGAAGCCACAUCAAUCGAAAAGCAUCUGAGAGAAUUACAGACCGAAUUGUCAGCCUGGCUAGAGCAGAGCGCAUCACUGAAAGACGAGUUGCAGUGCAGAUUGUCAUCAAUAUGCAAAAUCCAAGAAGAGAUUUCAAGAGUUUCCAAGAUGCACUCCAAGACAGAAAAAUCUGAAUUCACAGAACAACAAGCCGCAAGGUUUCAAGGCGAGGUGCUGGACAUGCAACAGGAGAACAAUAAGGUAGCCAGCGAACUGCAGGCGGGCCUAGACCACGUGAGAAGAUUGCAAUUUGAGAUCCAGAAGAAUCUGUCAAAUCUACACGAGAAUUUUGAGCUGUCAGGAUCGAAAAGCAACCGUCAACAGGCAAACGCAAGGAAUGCAUUCAGUAGGGCUAAAAUUCCUCUACGGUACUUCAUCUUCGGUACCAAACCCAAACCCAAGAAGCCGUCACUCUUUUCAUGCAUAAAUCCUGCAUUGCAGAAACAAUAUAGCAACUUAAGGGCUGCUGGGGCAGAACCUCCUAUGUAAAUUAGUUUUGAUUUGUGAUUUCUUUUCUUCUUGUAGAUUCUUCUCUUUUGUUGCUGAAUUUUUUAAUAUUUUCAAAAGGUUUUCGUGAAAUGAAAUUUGAAAGGUAGUUUUCUGAUUUUAUUUUUUUUUGUUUUCUCUUUCCUUCCUCAGGGAAAUUUGUGGCUUUUAUGUAUGUGAUUUGACCUUAUACUUUGAAUGAAUCAUGCAAUUGUAGUUUGUAAAUGUUGAUACAGGUAAUUUGAUAGUUUCAAAUUAUUUCUUUUUCGCUUUUGCCUUUAACUAUAUAGGCUGAUGAACAAAAAAAAAAAAAAAACUAUCAAC